AAGAGCCUUACAGAGUUCCCAUUCAGUACAGCUGGCCGGUAAAUCUUCCUGACUGGCCAGCAGUCUACGGGGUAGAGGAAAUAAAUCCAGAUCGUUUCGACACUGCUGAGAUUUGAACUCUGAAACAUCUCAAAAGAGAAACUGAAAAAUUCUUUGUGAUUUUGCAAUGGGAAAACACAACAGCAAACUAGCUCCUGAGGUUUUGGACGACCUAACUAGGAGCACAGAAUUCAACGAGAGUGAGCUCAAACAGUGGUACAAAGGUUUCCUCAAAGACUGUCCCACUGGUAUACUCAACCUCGAAGAGUUUCAGCAACUGUAUGUUAAGUUUUUCCCAUAUGGUGAUGCAUCUAAGUUUGCUCAGCAUGCUUUUCGAACUUUCGACAAAAAUGGGGAUGGAACAAUUGAUUUCCGGGAGUUUAUCUGUGCCCUCUCUAUCACAUCCCGGGGGAGUUUUGAGCAGAAGCUAAACUGGGCAUUCAACAUGUAUGACCUAGAUGGAGAUGGCAAGAUCACUCGCACAGAGAUGUUGGAAAUCAUUGAGGCAAUUUAUAAGAUGGUGGGAACUGUGAUCAUGAUGCGUAUGAAUGAAGAUGGCCUGACCCCCCAGCAGCGUGUGGACAAGAUCUUCAGUAAGAUGGACAAAGAUCACAAUGAUGAGAUUACACUGGAGGAGUUCAAGGAGGCAGCUAAGGGUGAUCCUUCGAUUGUGUUACUUCUUCAGUGUGACAUGCAAAAAUAGAGGCAAGGUGCAGUAAUGGGAGGGGAAGGCCAGGAUAGGGCACAGUUUGUCAACCUGUCAGAACCUGUAAAACACAAGAGCAGGGGCUCUGAGAAUGUCCAAUAUUCUGUUUUUAAUGUAUGCAUUUUGUAAAUCCUGAGCCUGUGUAUUUUUAUCUAUGGUGAAGUAUGAUGUAGCAGCACUAGAGUAUCUGAUAUGAUUCUUGUUAUAAUUCAGAUUUUGAAUAUUUUCACUUCUUCAAGUGACAUUGCUACCUUUUGGUUUUGACAAGUUUACAAUCUUGAUGCAGUUAUGCCACCUUUGUCCACUGUGUGUCACUAAUGGUGUUUUGUGAGCUUAAGCUUUACAUCCAGGCCUUCCCAAAUUGCCAGCCCUCCACUUACUCUUCAGUGCUAUGUUCACACUUGGAACUCACUCUGUUUUUUAUCUAAGGCCAGAAGACUGUGACCACAGUCAUUUAAUAAGAUAGGGGCACUUUGGUGAAACAAACUCCAAAUGACAGUAUUUUACAUGAACUGUUAGCAAUAAACAUGAAGUCAAGUGCACCACUUGCCUGAUGAGAACUCACAAAAGAAAACUGCAAUGGACAUCCUUUUGCAUUCUUUUUGCAUAGUAUUUGAAAUGGAAAAUGAGGAAGGGAUGUAUUCUCCAUUUGUGUGUGUGUGUGUGUGUGUGUGUGUAUAUCUGUUUCUGUGUUUUAUGUGUGUCUGGGGGGUGGAGUGGUAUUUUUGUAUUGGGGUAAAGGUUUAUUACAGUUACGUGAGAAAUAAUUAGAGGUUUGUUGAAAUUGUUUUCCAUAAGGCCAAAUAAUUCAUUAUUAUUUGAACAAAACAAGGCUGGGGCUGCAAAAUGUUUAGUGGUCUAAAGCAAGAACUUAUUCUAAACACAAGCAUACUUUUUUGGUGGAGAAAGACUGUGCAAUCAUAUCUUUUUUUAGCAUUUAAUCUUAAUUAUCUCUUUAGUUGUGGAUGUGUCACCAGCAGUAGUACAGAAAACAUAAACGUUAGCACUGUUCAAAAAAAAAAAAAAUUCAAAAUCAGUCCUACAUUUUCUAAACUAGGUGCCUCUCUUUUGCUAUAAUUGGUUUUUACAUAACUAUAUGCCUUACAGCAUAAUUAUCCCUUAAACAACCUUGUAGAAGAUUAAAGGAGCGAUUUACGCCUCAUCACAUCUUAACUUCCUUAUAAGAGGUGAACACACAAUCUUGAUUACGUGCUGCUUCAAUUUUUAUGACAUUUUUAUUUUUGAGAGCAUUAUCUUGGGUCAGUUAUAAAAAACACAUAUAUUAUUCACGUUUACUCCAGCCUUUAUUCAAACUUCAGUGAGAUAUUAACAUGAACAAAGAACAUUUCAGAAGCAUCUCAGAAAGUUUCCCACUUUCCAACUAGCUACUCAUUUCUACAGGUGAUGAUGUAUAACAGUGAAUUAACUCUUUAGAAAUAAACUACCCAGCUCUUCCAGUAACAUUAGCCCCUGAAUCCUCUGUUCCCAUAAAACUGGACACAGCUUUAUCUCUUGUCUGCUGGGCUAAUUUAUUUUUUACUUCUCUAUAUGCAUCUGAAUGUAUCUUGUCUUUUACAUAUUUUAAUUUUGUUUUGAAUGUGUUUGUGGGGAUGCUUUUCUGUAAAAUAAAAUACUUGAGGAAGAAUAGACUAGAUUAAUUUGGUGACCACUUUAGCGUUCCUUCUGCAAACAGACACAAUGUCGGCAUUGCUGUCGUGUAUAAACUAAUGCAGAAAGUGAGUUUAAAGGCGGAGUUUCCAGCAUCUUUAAGAAAUCACGCUUUUGUAGAAUCUGUCUACUCCCAAAGAGCAUAUAAACUGGCUUCAUAAUUUUCCAAGAAGCAGCCCCAUUUUGCCUUCUUUUUGUAUACAUACGGUUUUUGAAGAAAGAUUAUCUUUUGAGUUUUGUCUAUAUUGACACCCCAGACUACUCAUGUAGGUGUUCAGUUUGUACAUGUUAACCAAUUCAGUUCCCACUCUGAGCUCAAAUGACUCAUAUUUCAUCAUUCAGUGUAAUUUAUUAAACUUUCUGUUGUCCAUAUAACCUCUACACUUAUAUAAGGUUUAUGUGCUGAAUGUACACAGUAACACAGGCAUUUGAAGUUAUUGUCAAAGAAAUGAACCCAUCUGCUCUGAUUCUGCUCAUGGUCUGAUUUUGCCACCUGUACACAGUAGUGGUAACAGCUACAAUUCUUCUGACCAGCUCAGCUCAGAUAUUUUACGUCUGCUGAAUGGUCACUUUCUUCCUGGAGGUAAACCCAGCUAACACUGAGUCAUUUCCCAACUUUUCAUCAGAGUAGCCCUGAUUGUUGGGUAUUUAACCCAGAUGUUAGGCUGUUAGACCCGGGUUCACUUCCCGGGUCCUCCCUGCGUGGAGUUUGCAUGUUCUCCCCGUGUCUGCAUGGGUUUCCUCCGGGUGCUCCGGUUUCCUCUCACAGUCCAAAGUCAUGCAGGUUAGGUGCAUUGGCGAUCCAAAAUUGUCCCUAGUGUGUGCUUGGUGUGUGUGUGUGUGCCCUGUGGUGUGCUGACGCCCUGCCCGGGGUUUGUUUCCUGCCUUGCGCCCUAUGUUGGCUGGGAUUGGCUCCAGCAGACCCCCGUGACCCUGUAGUUAGGAUAUAGCGGGUUGGAUAAUGGAUGGAUGGAUGGAUGUUAGGCCGUUUCUGUUCCAGUGUGUCUUAUUGUUUUUGUAAAAUAGCUUGAUGGUUAUUUUUACUUUAAAUAUCUCAUUUCACCUCAUCCUUAGGUCUCAUGUUUGCAUUGAAGUUGAAUUCACAGUCAUAUUUCUGAAACCAUUCAAAGCAUUCUUCUAACCUUGAUGAAAACGUCCACUUGCAGAUAGAUGGUCAGACUGUUGCCAUAAAGAGAUGUUUCUAAUGACCUAGUGUGAGCCAUAGAAACAUCACACUUUAUUACAACUCUUAGACUACUGUAGACACUCUUCAGAUGGAUUCAAGUAAUCAUGAGCUUUUGGAUUCAUUCCAUUGCACCUAAGUAUGAAUAACAAUAAACCACAAUUUAUCAGACCUGGCGGAGUGUUUCCACUAUACCACACUGCGACUACCGUCUUAAUUUUCACUAGCAAAGUGGCACUCAAAGGAAUCAAUAACUAUCAUAACCCAAAAACCCUGAUAUGCUGCCUUUAGCACUGUUGUGCUUACCUUUUAGUCAACUUACUCUAGUCCAUUUAUUACUCUGUACCAUCAAGCCAUGCCAACUAAAUUUGACUUCAUUUUAUCAGCAGGACAACCUUUGGUUAGAUGUUUUUUAGGCCUAUGGCCAUUCUUGAUGUACCAUGGACGCUGUCAGGCUUGCAGUUUCCAAUAUACCCACACCAAUGUGACAAAAAUACAUUUCAAUCCUUAGACUUGCACAUUCUACCUCUAAACUGCACUUACUUGAUCAUUUGGCACCUAUCUGUGUGCUUUGUCAGCAUGUACAAUCCUGUCACUGAUUGAGUAGAUUAUGAAGUCAGACAAGCAGGUGCAGCAAAAGGUGUGCACUUAGCGUAAAUGUUCUGUGCUUUGUAUGUUUUCGGUUUUGUUCUUGUCUUUACAAAUGAACAAUAUUACUAUAUGUUCAGAGGUUUACUCUUUUAGAGGUUUUCUCAGCUUCAUACUUUUGCUUAAGAUGAUCGCUCUCUCUUACCCAUUCAGCUUUGCUUCUAUAGCAUGUAUUCAUUGGGAUACAUUCAUCAUUCAAUUCAUCUUUAUUUUAUAAAGCAUGUUUCACAGAGCACAUCAUCAAAAAAUGUUUUGUGUUGAAAUCAGUGAAAUAAAACAAUCAGUUUUGCUCCCACUCAGGUGAAGUAAAAACAUUUCUAAAUUUUAAAGCUCCCAGUCUUCUCUGCUUGCAGUGCAGCUACACAGUUCAUUCUAGUGAUCCACAGUAGGCCCGAUUGAAUCUUCUGCUAGAAUACUUUCCUACAACCCUUGCACCGUACACGACCCUGAUUUCCUAAAGUAUUCUAAAAUUUAAGUAAGCUGCUAAUUUAAGUUAUCCACAGUAUGGCAUCUGCACCUGUCACAUUAGUUUUUUUAUGCCUAUAAUUUGAUGAAGCAUAGAGUGAAAUAAGCCACACAAACAUCAGAUACAGAACAUGCAGCAAAAAUAUGAUUAGCAGAAUUAAACUCAAUUUAUGGACAACAAAAGAAAAGACAGAUCUCAUUCCAUACAAGAAUAAAACACUCUACAGGGCAAGGGUUUAAGGUGGUGCAUGGCAGUGAUUAUUUCAGGAUGAUUUAAAAGAAAAUUGUCAAAUAUAGCAGGCUUUAACACUAAAAAGACAAACAGAUGGUGACCAAAAGGAAAAGGCAAAAUAAACUUAUAAUCAUUACAUGGGCAGAAAGUCAAAGCCAAAAGCUGAAAACUAAUCUAAUUUUAUUUUGCUAGAAAAAUGUUAAUCCUUUGUCAAAAUGAAGCAGUCCAGGCAAUCACUGAGCAUGCAGCUGGGCCUUAAAUAAGAUGGUCACCAUGGCCAUGUGAUCAUAUACAUUCUUAGAACAUACCCCCAUGAGAUGUCAUAGCAGCCAGUUCUAAAAUUGUGGCAUCUGAAGAUGUCACCAACAUCACUGAAUACUGUAGAAGAUAACCCAAAAUUAAAUUAAAUAGCUCUAAAAUUUAUUUGUACAACUUGCCACUAAUUUUCUUGCCUUUUAAAUACUUAAUGUUUUCUCACACUAGCAUAUUGUGUACUGUGGCCUGCUACUGUCUUUUGGAAAGUCUUGAGACUAGGCCCAGUAAACACAAUACCUUCAGUUCAACAAAGCACCUUAUUUUUCUGGAAUUUUUUGGAGGAAAAAGUCUCAAUAUGUUCCUGUGCUUAAGAUCUUAUGCAUAAUCCAUGAUGUGCAUCAGUGAAGCUGAGGGUAAAUGUAGGAUCAGCUGAAAUGUCCUAAUAGAAUGUGUGGUGGAUGGGAUAGCCACAGAGCUGAAUUACAAAAGUGCAUGUAAAUGAAAUCAACGUUAUGUUACUGAAGUAGCUUGCUUUAAACUGUUGAUUUACACUAGCUAGACUAGACAAAAAACAUAUUUAGAAGUAGAUUGAGGAUGUUCCAUUUUACUGCCUCUGUGUAUGUUGAUGUUUUAUGAUGUGAUUUUUGUUUUAACUCUGCACUUUACUAUUUAUUGUUUGUUUUUAUAUGAAGGAAUGCCAAUGUAGGGUUCUGCUGGAAAAUCAGAGAACAAGAUGGUUAUUUCACUAUGUCUGUGGAAUAUUCUACCUGUUUUAUAGCUGUUCUGUGGAUGUACACCACCUUAUUGUCACCAUAUUUACUCUAAUAAUUUCAUACUGUUUAGUGUAUAACAUGUAACUAUUAGAUUUAAAAACUGUGUAUUUUUAAUACAUAGAGGAUUAAACAAUAGAAAUAAAUCAAAUACAGUUUG